AUGGUAGUUGGAUCGAAGGCGAGAAUUCUUUAUUCCGAUCAAGCGGGUCGAAUUGCAAUCGCAAUUCGAUUCAAUAAUGCCGUGGCUGAUGGCACACUCAAGAGCGGUGUCGUAAUAAGUCGUGAUCAUCAUGACGUUAGCGGUACAGACAGUCCAUUCCGAGAGACGGCGAAUAUAGUCGACGGUUCAGCAUUCACAGCCGAUAUGGCUAUACAGAACGUAAUCGGCGAUUCAUUCCGAGGUGCUACAUGGGUGUCAAUUCACAACGGCGGUGGUACUGGUUGGGGAGAUGCUAUGAAUGGCGGUUUUGGUAUGUUACUCGAUGGAAGCAAGGUUUGUUUUGGUUCUUUUGUUUGGUGUUAA